AUGGUCGCCACCAAGCUCCUCCUCGCGGCCCUCGCCGGCUACGUCGCCGCCACGCCCGUGGCCUCGGCUCCGGCCGCGGAAACCACCGAGUGGACCGCGCUGGACAUUGCCCACGACGCCAUCAACUGGGACGGCAUCAACAUGCAGGCUUUCCAGGACCCCGCCAACUGGAAGCAGGACUCCAACGAGACCGCCACCACCGAGCAGACCUCCCCCAACCCCGCCGCCGCCAAGAACGAGGUCAGCAUCCUCUCCGGCCCGUGCUCCCAGGGCACGUGCCCGGACUACAACGCGGGCUUCGACCUCGUCUACACCUUCACCGCCGUGCCAGAGCCGCCUGACCCAAGCUGCCCCGGCUGCCCGCCGCUGACCAUCUUCUCGUCCAACUCGGACAUCCGCGUCAACGACUGCAAGCAGUGCCUGCGCCACAAGGUCGGCAGCAGCCUGGGGAACAGCGUGCCGGGCGGCUGCUACAACUUCAAGACGUGCGGCCGCGACCAGGUCAUCUGCGUCGACCCGGGCAAGAGCCGCGCGCACCGCAUCUGGAAGGACAAGGGCCACAAGACGUGCUACAAGAUGAAGGCCGAGUACCUCGGCGGCUGCGGCUUCGUCAAGUCGCGCAUCGUGGUUCACCCCACGGGCGAGACUGCGUGCAACUGGUAG